AUGAAAGACCGUUUGGUUGUGUUUAAGACCAAUGAUCUGGACCAUCUAAAGCGAUUAGCGGAUAAGCUAUAUGAUGAAGGCUUCUUUAACGGUUAUCUGAGUCCCCAAUUGUUCAAUCUCUUUGCUUUCAUUCUAAGAGGGCUGCAUGAUUCCAGUGCAAGCAAGAAAGUGUGGCAGGCGUUAAUGGAUUGCAAUUUGUACGUGAAAAUUGAGAAAGAAUCCGAAGAAAAGACAAGCAACUCUGAUGGGGAUGCUAGCGAAGACCGUGAUGACAAAGAAAAGGACAGAGACAGAUUCAAGGACAAGGAUAAAGAGACAACUGAUUCUGGCGGCGAUAUUACUUCCACUAUGACGGGAGAAUCGCAUUCGAUCGCCCAAGAAGAACUUUACCUAAAGCCAGGAUUUGGAUCUGCAAGAAACUUAUGCACUAUGCUUCGGUACUUACUCUAUGAGAAGGCUGUUGAUUAUUACUUUGAAAGUGAUGAAAACAGGCAGAGCAAGUUCAAAGAGUUUGAGAUUCUAGAAGCUAGUGAUAUUGAAGAUGAGGAUAUGUUUAAGGAUGCUGAAGAGUCUUUGGCGGAGUCUAAGCCAGUCGAACGGCCUAAGCGUGAUGAGGAAGAAGAUAAUUACGAUGAUGAUGAUGAUGAUGAUGAUGAUGAUGAUGAUGAUGAUGAUGAUGAUGGGGAGGCUGUUUUAAAAGAGGAAAGCAAUGAGGAAAAAUCUAGGUCUGAAGAAUCUGGACAGGAGUUGAAGGAAACGGUAAAUACCAUUCCAUUGAUUCACGACGGGCCUCAUGGUGAGAUGAUUAUUGAGGUGCCUCUGAGCGUAAUCUUGGCCAAGCAGGAAUACCCCAGUUUGAGCGAGAAUAUCUCUUCAACGGAUGAAGCCAUUGGUAAAAUGGUUCAUCCUAUCCUUAGUACAAGUUCUGCCAUCGAAUCCAGUUUAGAAAAGCGCAACGAGCUCAAAUUGAUCAAGAACUUUAAUAAGUUGUACCACGGAUUUGAAAAUGAUCUACCUAAUAUGGUGAAACGCAGACGGCUUGAAAAAAGUGACAGGCAGCUAGGUAUUGAUUCUGAGAGUCAAGAUGGUGACAACGGUAACGAAAAAGAGGUGAGGAAUGUCAGCAAGUUGAUGAACCUUGGAGGUGCUGUCAAUUUAUCACUGAAGAAUCUUCUAGGAAAAAUCGAGAAUCAUAGAGAUGAACUGAAUAUUACCGAUAUUGAACUAAAAAAUCUAAUCAUGGAUGUGAGAAAGAACCGAUCCAAGUGGGCAAACUAUAAUCGGAUUGGCCAAGAAGAGUUGUAUGAGGCUUGCGAGAAAGUGGUCACAGAGUUGCGUGGAUAUACAGAGCAUUCCACCCCUUUCUUGAAUAGGGUUUCUAAACGAGAGGCUCCUAAUUACUACGAAAUUAUUAAGAAACCAAUGGAUUUGAACACCGUGAUGCGCAAGUUGCGGACCCUUCAGUACAACCGCAAAAAGGAAUUUGUGGGUGAUCUAAUGUUGAUUUGGCAGAACUGUCUAACCUACAAUACGGACCCUAAGCAUUUUAUGAGGGUGGAUGCACUGGCCAUGCAAAAGAAGAUGCAGUCUCUUAUUCCUCUAAUACCAGAUAUCGCAAUUCGAGAUAGAUCCGAUGUGGAAAGGGAGGCAGCCGUUGCUGCUCAACAGGAGAAAGAGGAGGCACAAAAAGGUACCAAAGGUGCCAAGUCCAGCAGAGGUGUGGGAAAUAGUACUUCAAAGAAAACGAAAAAGAGUCGAAAGGGAAGUUUGGUGGAUGGUGAUCUUAAUAUUCUGGAUGGUACGGUGUCAAAUACACCUGUGCAUGAAGAGGAAGAGAAAACACUGGCUCCCAAGAAAAGCAUAGAUGAAGCCGAGACCGCCACUGAGGCGUCUUCUUCAGUCAUUGAAAAAUCUGGGGACCCUGCCACCGAGACACCAGGUACCACCAAUCUUGAUGAUGAUAAUGAUGAGGGAGAGCCAGACCUGGAAGAUAUUCAACCUCAUGAUGACAAUGAUGAUGAUGAGCCGUUCGAGGAUUUAGAAAUGUCUACUUGGAAGACGCUUACUUCAAAUACAAGGUACAAGCUUUGUCAGGCAAGAAGUAAGAUGUUCAAGGACAACAAGAUUCACAUGAAUGUCGAGUCUCUCUAUAGAGAUAACAAUCAGAUGUCAAAUUUUAUCAGUUAUCUAGACGAUGGUGCCAGUGUCGUGCUCCAUAAAAAUAGGAGAUACUUUGAUGAAAAUGAUGAUCCUUACCUGAUUGAAUAUGAUGUUGGUGGUGGCGUUCCACCGAUAAAGUACCGAACUAGCGACUUUGACCAAAUUGAAAACAAAAUUUUGGAGAAAAUGCUUGCAGAUGGUGAGAACUUGAACAUGCUGCCUGACUCAUCAUUGAAAGUUCAGGCGAAUGGCUCCAACAGUAUGAUAAUCGAAAACAUCUCCAUUAUGCAAGAUAUUAGGAAAGUUUGCUUCCGUAUUAAUCUCAUCCGUCAAAUGCAGACAUCACAGUUUGUACAUAGGUCUCAGUUUCACUUACCAGUUAUCGAAAGAAUCAAGUUCAACGACAUCGAUGCGAUGUCCAAGCUUCCGACAAAAGACUUUAUGAAUCCGCAGGUGGCUGCGAAGUGUCUUCAAAGGUCGGUUUCGGCCAUUCUAAUGGCAAAUGGGUUUGAAUCCACUAACCCUAUUUGUGCUAUGAUGCUCACGCAGGUAGCAGAAGAGUAUUUUGGAAACCUUGCCCAAUCUUUGAAAUUGCAUAUGGAAUCCAAUUCUAUCAACAAGUUGCCCAUUAAAGGUAGUGCUCCGUUGAAUUUAAAGGAUAUCCUACUAAUGACACUGAGUGAAAACGGAAUCGACAAGCCGGAUAUCAUUUACUCCUUCUAUAAAGAGUAUCUUGUGAAAAAGAAUAAGAAGUUGAAGGAUCUCAAUGAAGCAUUGAAGGGAUUCCUCAAAGAUUUGUUAAGGCCUGGUCUUCAAGAUCUGAGCGAGACUCAAUUCAGUGAUAAUUCCGACCAAUUCUUGACCGGUGAAUUUUCUGAGCAAAUUGGGGAGGACUUCUUUGGAUUCCGUGAAUUGGGACUUGAUAAAGAAUUUGGUAUGCUCACAUCCAGUGUUCCUCUUCACUUGCUACAUUCCAGACUAUCUUAUCAGUUCAGUCAGUUGAAUAGUAAAUCCAAGAAAGAUAAAUUUGAGGACUUCGGAGAAUUCAAAUUUCCUAAGCUUCAUACAAGGGACUUGCCUAAGCAGAUUGGUGUUCUCAAACAUUAUUACGAUGAUUUGUUGGCUAAGACUAAGGCCAUGUAUGCCAAGCAGUUAAAGAAACGCCAGCAACAUAUCGCUAAUGGUACAGUCGACCCUAAUGAGAAGUUUGUGGAGUAUAAAAAUGAUGAUGACAUGAUCAUCAUUGAAGAUGAAGAUUUGCCAAUCAAGCAAAGAAAUAAUAGACCAAAAGUUCCACCUAAUGGAAAGAUUACACAGAUUAAGAAGAAGUUUGUUGCCAAUUCUUUCUUUAUAGACGAGCAGGACAAGUGGGUGAAUAAUACUGAAGAUGGUCGAGCUGCAGGGUCUGCCGCUUCUCCGACUAUUUCGCAAAGUUCUCCUAUGAAAGCGGAAGGCUAA